AUGAUUUCCCUCGUAGACACCCCUCUUACCUGUUGCCUGAAACAUGCUGAAGGAAGCAUUGAUCCAGAUGCUGGAGAUGAUAAAGACAUGACCCCAAGCAGCCUGCUGUAUGAGUGGGAGGAGACACCAUCCCAGGCCAUGGUGACCACCGCAGCCACGUUAGUGAGGAGACUGUGCCUGGCUCAGACCACUAGCUUGGAGGCCAUGGACUUGUUCCUGACACUGGUGUCCCAGCUCCAGGGCCUUUCCAGGGCUGAGCUGAUGGAACUCUGGCGACAUUCUUCCUUCAAAUGCCGAGACAACGGGCAGCCACUGUUGGAUGCCCUGCCUUCCUGUGGGACAGAGCACUGUGUGGGCCUCAUGAAGGAACUCAUCGCAUCCGGGGAGGUGGAGGCAGACGAGGCGGAGGCGUGGCUGUCAUCACUGGCCUUCCUCCCACAGCCCACAGAUGCUAUGGUUCACAUGCUGCUGCUCCAGCUUGUGCUGAAGGCGAUUGGCAACGCGGGCUUGGCGGCCCUGGCUCUCACCCCUACGCUGAGUGCCUGCGCAUCUCUGAGAAGCAGCGCCCCUGAGAUCCGACUGGGGGCCAUCCAGGCCUUCCGGAGGGUCCUCUGCUCUGCAGAUCGAUCGGUGCUCUCCCAUCUGUACCAAUCCCCGGAGGAGGAUGCUGAGAUCCGUAUCAAUGCCUACCUGGCCCUGAUGAGAUGCCCUAGUGAGGAGGUGUUUGCCCAGGUGCGGCGCACCCAGGCAGGCGAGCUGUCCACCCAGGUGGGUUCUUUUGUGUGGAGUCAUCUCCUGCAGCUGCUGGAGACGCGCGACCCCCUGAAACGGGCCCUCCGGGACACCCUCCCUGAGGACAUCCUCAGCCAGGAGUUCCACCCGGAAAUGUGGAAACACUCGUCCUAUUCUGAUGUCACCUUCCGAUCAGUGUCUGGAAGCCUGGGAGCCAACCUGGAGGGGACCCUUCUCUUCUCUCCUGCCUCCUUUCUCCCCCGUUCUGCCACCGUCAACCUGACCAUCCACACCAUGGGCCGUGCCUUCAACCUCCUGGAGCUUGGGCUCCGGCUGGAAAAUGCUGAGGAAAUUGCUCACAGGCUGUUUGGCAGGAAGUCAUUCUGGAGCCAGGAAGACGGGAGAGAGGCCAAGCCAGAGAAGCCCCCAGGGCCAAAACCAGGGCCUGUACCACAGCCAGCCAGCCCCGAGUGUCCAGGAGACAGAGACAGAAGGAUGAGAGACCUACAGCAGAAGGUGACCCAGAGGCGUGGGGCCACCCAGCGGGCUCUGCGAUGCGAGUUGAGCAUGAAGAUGCUGGGGCAGGAGCUGAGCUUUGUGAACUGCGGAGCCACAGGGAGUCACGUGAACCACCGGUCCCUGAACCUGGCCGAGCUCGUCAUUAGGCUCAUGAAGGGGCAGGAGGUGCAGAUGAACCGGAGGCUGUGCCUGGCCACAGAGGAGCUGGUCUUUCCCACGGUGUCUGGCCUUCCUGCCCGGCUGACCCUAAACGCUUCAGCUGCCAUCAGCAUUCGGGUCCGAGGAACCGCUGACUUCCAGCAGCGCUCGGAUUUCUCCAUGAAUGGUUAUGUCAAGCCCAGUGCCCUGCUCCAGAUCUCGGCUCAGAUGGGCACAGCGGGCACCCUGGGGCAGGCCGGGCUGAGGUGGGUGACCAGCGUCCGUGGCGCCACCAGCCUGGAUGGCGGGAUCCAGGUGCAGAAGGGCCAGGACCUCAAGGUGCAUCUGAACAUGCCCGAGGAGGCCAUGGAGCUGCUCAGCUUCAGCUCUCAGCUGUACCUCAUCACCAGGGAUGGCGUGAGGAGCCUCAGACACAUCCCUGGCUCUUCUGAGGCCCAGUCCUGUACUGGUGAGGAAGUGUCCUACACCUGGGGCUGGCGGCUGUGCACUGAAGUGACCUGGCCGGUGCCUGGCCAGCCCUACCUGCUCUCAUUGCCUGUGUUCACGGCCGUGACGCUGCAGAAGCGGGACCCGGGGCUCCGACAGUAUCUGCUGGAAGCUGCAUAUACCCUGCAGCCCCAGAAGGACAGCUGGUUCCCUCAAGAAGCCACAGCCCACAUCUUCAUGGGCACGCCGGGGUCAGAAGUGCCAAGGGAUGUCAGGGUGGACGUCAGCUACAGCUUGCCCCAGAGCAAGUUCCGGCUCAAGCUUCUCCAUCCCAAGAAGAAAAUCGAGCUGGACGGAAAGAUGGAGGCUCUUGGGAGUGCCCACGUGGGUCACUUGGAGUUGAUACUGGAUGACAGGGAUGUCUACUACAUCAAGGUGACAAUGAAGCCUUUUCAGGGCUGGAGUGACCUGCAGCCAGCUGUGGGUGGUGAGGCCGAGUGGUUCCAGGCGCAGCUGGAGGUGAAACUGGUGACGGGGGGCAGCCCCAUUGUCUUUGCUGGGAACGUCACACGGCAGGCGGGCAGCAAGCUGGCCUUCUCCGCAUGGCUGAGCCAUCCACUGAGUGACCAGGCCCACAUGACAGCACUGCUGGAGAGGAAGGAGGAGGAUGGACGGUGGGUGGCCACCCUGGGUGCCGAGCUCUUCGUGCCGGGUCUGGUGGGGCUGCGUGCCAUUGGCCUGCUGCAGCAAUGGGACCGGCUCUGGACCAACUACCUGAGGAUCCAGUACAGCCUUCUGGGUCAGGCGAAGCAGCCGGCACACGAGUGUAGCACCAGCCAGAAGCUGCAGGCAGAGAGCGGCUCGAAUGGCGCCUACAGGCUGGAGCUGGGCCACAAGCUCCACUGCACACAGAUCCCAGCCUUCAGCCACAAGGUCCAGCUCUGGCACGAGGAGGACUCGGGCCGCCUGCACUUACAGCUGGAGGUGAGCUAUGGGAGGCACUGGGACAAGAACAGCAACAAGAGGCAUCUCCGUGUCAGCCAGACCUUCAAGAAUGACUCCGGGCCCGCCCUGAGCAAUCACUUCAUGGAGUUUGUGCUGCAGGUGCCUGAGAGGCAGGUGGAUUGCCGUGUGCAACUGCACCACUUGAGCCUCCGCUUGCCCUAUGUGGAAAGAAGCAGUCACCUGAAGGUGCAGUACAAUGGGCGGCCGCUGUUUGUGGCAGGCGGGCAGUGGAAGGACACAUCUCGGGCCACCCUGUGGAAGUGGGAAGGAGCCUUGAACCUGGAUAGUCCAUGGCUGAUGGUCUCUGCAGCUCACCGGCUAUACUGGCCACACCGAGCUGUGUUCCAGGCUGUCCUGGAGCUAACACUGGGCAAGGCCUGGACCCUGAAGGACCUGGUGGUCAGCGUGGCCUGCAGGAGUCAGGGCCCCAACAGGGAAGGCAAGAUCCAGGUCUACACCCCAGCUACCACCUACCUCCGGGUCUCCACGGUGACAGUCUUGGCACAGAGCCUCUUCCACAGCUGGAGUGAAGUCGAGUCAGCCUGGAACGCAGCAGUGCAGGGUGAGAUCCAUGCUGAGAACAGCCGGGACCGUAAGAUCCUGAACUGCUGGUUGAAAGGCCCCCGGCAGGAGCUGAACCUAACAGCCGCCUACAGGCACCUGGAGUGGCCCCAGAAGACCCAGGUGUCGCUGACGGCUCUGCGAACUGGUGCCCAGGGCCAAGCUCAGGGUCUGCAGUUGGAGGGACAGCUGGAGGAGCUGAGGCAAGACAGGACAUUGUACCGGAAACGGGGGACCUUGCUCCUUAGGCACCCCUUGCACCUGCCCUUCCCGCAGAGCCUCCUCCUGCAGGAGACCUUCACGGCUGAUAGGCGACACCAGCGCUAUUCCCUGGAGACUAGAGUUGUCCUGAAUGGCCGAGAGGAAACCCUGCAGACUGUGGUCCUGGGCUGCCAGGCUGGACACCCCUACGUCUGUGCAGGUCUGAUGCAUCCAUACGAUGGCAAAGUCAUCCCCAGGAACACAGAGGGGUGUCUGGUUGCUUGGAAUCAGCACAUGAGUCUCACUCUGUUGUCCAUGCUGGAGUUUGGAGUACAGUGACUUGAUCUCAUCUCACCGCAACCUCCACCUCCCAGGCUGGGCGAGAUGGCUCACGCUUGUAAUACUCAUGCCGAGGCAGGCGGAUCAUUUGAGGUCAGGAAUUCAAGACUAGCGUGAACAACAUGGUGAAACCCCAUCUUUACUAAAUACAAAAAAAUUAGCCAGGCGUGGUGGCAGGCACGUGUACUCCCAGUUACUCGGGAGGCUGAGGCAGGAGGAUCACUUGAACCCGGGAGGUGGAGGUUGCAGUGAGCCAAGAUUGUGCCACUGCACUCCAGCCUGGGCGACAGAGAGAGAGUGUCUCAAAAUAAAAUAA